GAGACGUCGCACUGUGACACAAUCCCCGCCCAUCCAGCAUGGCGCCGACUGAAGACGCGUACCUGCUCCUGCCGGGCUCGUCAGCCCACUCCGACUUCCGCCUGCAGCGCCUGGCGCACGACAUCGGGGCCAAGGAGGUGCGCGCCGUGUGGGUGCACUUUGUCAACCCGCUGAAGGAGCUGAGCGACGAGGAAUUGAAGACGCUGCAGCAGAUCCUGCACUAUGGCGAGGACCCCGCGGCCAGCGACGCCCUCUCGCAGACGCUGCUCGACGCCGUGCACCGCGGCGGCGAGCCCACGGACGACCACACGGUCCUCUUCUACGUCUCCCCCCGCGCCGGCACCAUCUCGCCAUGGAGCUCGCUGGCGUCCAUGAUCGCCCGCACCUGCACCCUCGAGCACGCCGUCAAGCGCAUCGAGCGCGGCAUGGUGCUGGCCGCCACCUUCGACCGCACCCUCGCCGCCGACGAGAUCCCCAGCCGCGACCAGCUGCACGACCGCAUGACGCAGACCAUCAGCCGCACCGCCCCCAACCUCAACGCCAUCUUCGGCGAGAGCGAGCCCGCGCAGGCCACGAUCAUCAGCUUCGACGAGUACAGCAGCGCCCAGGCCGCCCUCGAGCACGCCAACCGCGAGCUGGGCCUCGCCAUGGACAAGUCGGAGAUGGACUACCUCGUCGACGCCUACACGACCGAGCUGAAGCGCGGGCCCGUCGACGUCGAGCUGUUCAUGUUCGCCCAGGUCAACUCGGAGCACUGCCGCCACAAGCAGUUCAACGCAGACUUCACCAUCGACGGCCUGCACAAGCCCUACUCGCUGUUCGGCAUGAUCCGCAACACCCACCAGAAGCACCCCCAGCACGUCGUCAGCGCAUACAGCGAUAACGCCGCCGUCCUCAACGGCGAGGAGGCGAGCUUCUGGGCCCCCAACAACCUCACCGGCGAGUGGAACGGCACCAAGGAGACGGUGCACAUCCUCUGCAAGGUCGAGACGCACAACCACCCCACGGCCGUGUCGCCCUUCCCCGGCGCUGCCACUGGCUCCGGUGGUGAGAUCAGAGACGAGGGUGCUGUGGGACGCGGCUCCAAGCCCAAGGCGGGUCUGGCCGGUUUCACUGUCUCUGAUCUGCUGAUCGAGGGCUUUGAGCGGCCAUGGGAGCUCCGCGACGUCGGGAAGCCUGGCCACAUCGCGAGCAGUCUGGACAUCAUGCUCGAGGCACCACUAGGAAGCGCCCAGUUCAAUAACGAGUUUGGUCGACCCUGCACCAUCGGCUACUUCAGGACCAUGCUUAUGCGUGUCUUCACCAACGAGACCGAGUCGGAGAUUCGGGGCUACCACAAGCCCAUCAUGCUAGCAGGUGGUGUGGGGACUGUGAGGCCACAACAUGCCCUGAAGGACCCUGACAUCGUGCCCGCUGGCUCCCAUCUGCUCGUCAUUGGUGGGCCUGCCAUGCUCAUUGGCCUGGGUGGUGGAGCUGCAUCGAGUGUCCAGUCUGGCGAAGGCAACAUCGACCUCGACUUCGCGAGCGUGCAACGAGGCAACCCUGAAGUCCAGAGGCGAGCCCAAGAGGUCAUCGACACGUGUCGAUCAAUGGGCGACAAGAAUCCCAUCCUGUUCAUCCACGAUGUCGGCGCGGGAGGCCUGUCAAACGCGCUGCCAGAGCUCGUGCAUGACUCAGGACUCGGCGCCAUCUUUGAGCUGCGCGAGAUAGACAACACCGACAAGAGUAUGAGCCCGCUACAGAUCUGGUGUUGCGAGGCUCAGGAGCGUUAUGUCAUGGCGGUCGGGCCCAACGACCUCGACCUAUUCAAGCGCAUCUGCAACCGCGAGCGCUGCGGAUACUCGGUUGUGGGAGUUGCAACCGACGAGCAGCGCCUCGUACUCACAGACAGGAACUCGACAGACCACCCCAAGCCGAUCGAUCUGCCGAUGGAGACAUUGUUUGGAAAGGCUCCAAAGAUGUCCCGUGUAGUCGAGUCUCGAAAACUCAGACUGCCUGCAUUCGACAGCAGCUUGUCCAUAUAUAUUCCAGACACACCCAAGGACGGCCUGAUCGCGGAGGCUGUAGACCGCGUGCUCACACUUCCUUCUGUCGGUUCCAAGAACUUCCUCAUCACUAUCGGUGAUCGAACUGUAGGCGGUCUCACCGUCCGCGACCAGAUGGUUGGCAAGUGGCAGGUUCCAGUGUCUGAUGUGUCGGUAACAGCUACAUCAUUGCUGGCUGGUGUCAAGACUGGCGAAGCAAUGGCCAUGGGCGAGAAGCCCACACUUGCACUCAUCUCACCAGCAGCGUCCGCCAGAAUGGCCGUAGCCGAGUCUCUCAUGAACAUUGCUGCUGCAAGCUUGUUCGACAGGUUGUCCAGAGUCAGGCUAUCUGCCAACUGGAUGUCCGCCAGUAGCCAUCCUGGCGAGGGAGCCGCUUUGUACGAGGCUGUGGAGGCAAUUGGUAUGGAUCUCUGCCCUCGAUUGGGCAUAUCCAUCCCUGUUGGCAAGGACUCUAUGAGCAUGAAGAUGAAGUGGUCGGACAACGGCGAAGCGAAGGAGGUCACGGCACCCAUGUCACUGAUCAUCACUGCGUUUGCGCCUGUCGACCGCACCGACCGAACAUGGACUCCUGCCCUCGAGCGAUUGGAGGACGUUGGCGAGACAGUCUUGCUCUUCGUUGAUCUGGCAGUGGGCAAGAAGCAUCUUGGCGGAUCUGCUCUUGCCCAGACAUUCGGCCAGGUUGGAGACGAAGCGCCUGAUGUCUACGACGCCAACAUCAUCAAGGACUACUUUGACGCACUUGAGCAGUUGCAUGAGUCUGGCAUUGUACUUGCUUAUCACGACAGGUCUGAUGGUGGUCUGUUCACGACACUUGUCGAGAUGAUGUUCGCUGGCCGAUGUGGGCUUGAGAUCAUGCUCGAUGGCGUUGCCCGUUCAAGCGAGCCCAAGGACAUGCUCGAAGCACUCUUCAAUGAGGAGCUUGGUGCGGUCUUCCAAGUCAGAAAGAAGGACGAGAUUGCAUUCAACCGCUGCUUCGCCACUUGCGGCCCACCACCUGGAAUGAUCAAGAAGAUUGGUCGCGUACCAGAGGCGUCGAAGCAGCAAAUCUCUGUUGCACACGGUUCUCUGGUUCUCUACAGAAACACUCGUCAGAAGCUGCAGCAGCGCUGGGCAGAGACUUCAUACCGCAUGCAAAAACUUCGCGACAACCCUGUGUGUGCAGACGCCGAGUUUGCGAAUAUUCUCGACGACAAAGACCCUGGUCUGUCUUACAACUUGACCUUCAAGCCUCAAGAAAAUAUCCUUCCAUUCAAGACCACCAUCUCGUCAGCCUUCACAUCAAAGCCACGCGUGGCUAUCCUGAGAGAAGAAGGUGUCAACGGCCAAGCCGAAAUGGCCUUCGCUUUCCACAUGGCUGGCUUCACCGCGAUCGACGUCCACAUGACAGACAUCAUCUCCGAGCGCGUCUCGCUCGCCGGCUUCGUCGGUCUAGCCGCCUGCGGAGGAUUCUCAUACGGCGACGUCCUAGGCGCGGGACAAGGCUGGGCUAAAUCCGUCCUACUGCACCCCACCACACGCAAAGAGUUCCAGACCUUCUUCCAGCGCCCCGACACCUUCACCCUCGGUGUAUGCAACGGCUGCCAAUUCCUCUCCAAGCUGAAAGAGCUCAUCCCCGGCGCAGACCUCUGGCCAAGCUUCGAGCGAAACGCAAGCGAGCAGUACGAAGCGCGCGUCUGCAUGGUCGAAGUCAUCGACCCGCCCAAGGGCAGCGCACCCCAAUCCGUCUUCCUGCACGGCAUGCACGGGUCCAAACUCCCCAUCGUCACCGCCCACGGUGAGGGCCGCGCACACUUCUCCUCCGCUGGCGCGUCUUCCUCGCCCGAGGCCCUGUAUAGUGAAAAUCUCGUGGCGCUGCGCUACGUGGAUAACUACGGUAAACAGACUGAGAUGUAUCCGCAUAACCCCAAUGGCUCGCCUAUGGGCAUCACGGGCGUGCGGUCGGCGAGUGGGAGGGUGCUGGCGCUUAUGCCGCAUCCUGAGCGCACUAUUUUGAGGGAGGUCGGGAGUUAUAUUCCUAGGGAGAGGAUGGAGGAGUGGGGGGAGUUGGGGCCGUGGUCUAGGAUGUUUAAGAGCGCGAGGAGGUGGGUUGGUUAGUGUGAGUGCAUGGAUGGAUGGAGAAGAUAUGAGAGUUGGGGUUGCAUUUUAGGUAAGGAUGGUUGGCGUUUGUGGCUUUGUUCGCUGGGGAAAUCUUAUAUUAGAAUAUUUUGGAUGGGAGGGGGCUAGGUGACAGGGAAAAUAGUAUGUGUUAUGAUUUUAAGGAAGUGGUU